GACAGGCGGCGCAGUCGGACCGGACGGUUCCGCCUCCAGCCCGUGAGUCGUGGACGGACCGUGUCGGUGUGAAGAGUAAACGAGGUGGAAGGUUUCAAGCAACUCAACCAACUGACAGAAGGAAACUUUCUUUUGACAACCACCAUCAUCAUCAACGUCAUCAUCGUCAACAACGGCUACAGUGAAUAGAAGUGGGGUGACAUCAGCUCCCCCCCCCCCCCUCUUUUCUCUUUAGAUCGCUGCUUCCUCCUGGAGCACACCACUAAUGUCAGCAAAGAGUAUGGAGACAAAGAGUGUGUCCAAUGGAGCGGGGCCUGUGUAUGAAGACAAAGAGGACAGCCUCAGUCCUGAAGACCUGUCUGAGGUGCUGGCAGCGGGGACCAAAGAGGUCCAUGAAAAGGCGGAGAACACCCAGUUUGUGAAGGAUUUCCUGAGGGGACGAAUCCGCAAAGAGCUCUUCAAGCUCGGCGCCGUGGCUCUUUACUACACCUACAAGGCCAUGGAGGAGGAGAUCGAGAGGAACAAGGACCACCCCCACUUUGCCCCGCUUUAUUUCCCCGCAGAGUUGAGUCGCCAUGAAGCUCUGGCCCGUGACCUAGAGUAUUUUUAUGGUCCAGAGUGGCAGAGCCAGGUCAGCUGCUCCCCGGCCACCCAGCACUAUGUGGACCGUAUCCACCAAGUGGGACAGGAGGACCCAGUGCUGCUGGUGUCCCACGCCUACACCCGUUACAUGGGGGACCUGUCUGGGGGCCAGGUGCUGAAGAAAGUCGCGCAGAGGGCCUUGAAGCUUCCCACCACAGGAGAGGGCCUGGAGUUCUAUGAGUUCGAUGCCAUCCAUAGUGCCAAAGCUUUCAAGCAGCUGUACCGCAGCCGAAUGAAUGAGCUGGAACUAGACAUGGAAACCAAGAAGAGGCUCGUGGGGGAGGCCGUGAAAGCCUUCAACUUCAACAUGGAGGUGUUCGAGGAGUUGGAAGAGAUGGGGAAAACCAUCCAGGAGGAUGUUUUAGAUGCUGGCUUGCCUGUCCACGGAGCCACGGGUGGUGACAUCAGCAAAUGUCCCUACUAUGCUGCCAAAAUGACGGCGUCGAGUGGAACGGCAUAUGCCGGUCAACUCGUCAUGGCCGUACUCCGACACCCAACGGGACAGGUUCUGUUUGCGACUUGGAUUGCUGCUCUGGCUGGAUUCGCUGCAUGGUAUCUGAUGUGAUCCCACCUCCAGCCUGUCAUUUUGCUGCUGAGAGAGAGAGAGAGAGAGAGAGAGUGAGAGGGAGGAGAAACAUUGAGGGAAGGCGAAUAAGGAGAUUGAGACCAUUUCAUAGUUUAAUACAAACGUUCUUUAGGGGUCCAAGCUAAUUCAAUAUUGCACAUUGCUAAAGAGGGAAGCUGACAGGAAAUAUACUUGGUUUUAUUGGACUAUUAGCACAUCAACUCCAUCCAUCUCUCAUGCUAUGCCUUGAUGUGUAGUUUCUCCGCUUCCUUUAUACUAUCCCUCCAAUUGAUGUCCAUUCAGAGUAUCUGGUCAUACCUCAAAACCUUCUGGAGCUGUUUGCUGAUACUGGCACAGAAGCACAUUGUGUGAAUAGUUUACUUGAAAUGACUUUUUGAUGCGACCCACUUAAAAACUGUAACUGGCUUUACAGCUUACAAUGAUGCACCUAUUAAUGCUAAAACAUACUAUGCAGAGGCUGUGCAUAGAAAAGCACAAAUUUGUUUUAAACAUUUAAAUUUGAAAUUAAGUUUGAUUAAAAUGCAACAGUGCUUUUUAAAAUGUAGUGUGUGUAAACGUCCCUGUACACAUUGAUGACGGUUCCAAACAUAAUCUGAGAAUACAAUACACUGUUACACAAGUUCAGUUCUUUUUUUCAUACUUGGCCUCCAGAAAGUUAGUACAUGUGCACAGACAAGUGAUAGGAAUAGGAAGCUGUUGUUCAAGACAUAGCACACCUACACUUUGACAAGUGCAUGUUUUAUUCAAACUAUUUCAGAUAAUUGAAUGUCUACUGAUGCAUGUUGAAAUGAUUUAAUUAUUUGCUUUCGGUUUUUAACCUAUAUUAAGUUUAAGGUGUAAACAGAGACAGUUUCUCUGUUUGAGAAGGACAUUUUCUUCUAAUAUUAAUGGUUUAUCUUCAUUCUUCUAAUAGAGCUGUAGUAUAUCUACUUGACGGUUAGUUAUGUAUGAGGUCUUUUACAUCUCAUUUGUUUUAUGUUGUAUCCACCAUCGCUACAACUGUGUACCCAUCAUCCAUAUUGUGUUGUGUAUGACUUUGAAGGAAGUUUUCUCCUGUUAGCACAAAGCUUUUGUGUCGCUUGUACUGUAUGCAGUGUAAUUAAUUUAAAUUUUCACCCUGACACAGUAUGCUUGUUUCACACAGAGUACCAAAGGAUAUGUGUUGAUGGUUACAAUUAAACCAGGAUGAUGUGCUCUCAACGCA